AUGCCCCCCUAUGGCCGCAUCCUGUCUCUCGACGACUUCCACAAGAGGACCGCCCAGUUUGCUACCCAGGCCAAAAUCGACGUCUUGUCAGGGCAAGCGGAUGCGACGGUCGAGCAAAAAGUUCCAGAAGAAUACCGCCUAUCCCCAAGUCCGGUGAUCAACAACAACCAAAACAACAACACCAACCCCGACAAGAUGCUGGCCGCUAGAAGAAGGGCUAGUAUAAUGUAUGAUAAUGAGAGCUCAACCUCAGAGGAAAUGGUAGAAAACGAGGUAGAUACCGAACCGGAGGCUGCUGUUCCGCAACCAACUCAGCCUGGAGCUCAAGUUCAGAGGACGACAGCUCAACUCCAAAACCGGACCCUCAGCCAAGUGAUGAGCGAGGAGGACAGCGAUAGGUCGAGCGCCGAUUCCGGGGUGGUACAAGGGACACCAGCUCCUCCGGCCACUACAACUCUAGCCACGAUCGCCUCCAGAAGCGACACGACCGUCGACCACAACCGAUUUAUUGCCUUGGCUGACUGGACCGGCGAUGAAGAAGGAGAUUUGGCGAUCAAAAAGGGCGAUCUGUUGAAGAUUCUGGAGUUACGGGCUGAUGGCUGGUGGAAAGCCGUUAAUACCCUUGGCUUUGUUGGGAAUGUUCCGAAGACCUUCCUAAAACAUUUCGAUCCGACGGAUGUCGGGCCUAAGGUUGCACUGUUGAUUGAGGCUUCGAUAAUUGAGGACAAUGAGUCAACAGGCCACCCCGAAGAGAUAUCUGUCGGCGUCGCCAAAGUGCCCCUCAUCUACAACCAAGUUAAUGGCACCAGAUUGGCUAAUCGCACCUAUACAGAAAUAAUGCUCCGUGAGAAUGUUUUCAACCGGAACGGGCCAGGGAUCCGUACGGGGAGUCAAAUCGUCUUCAGGGUCACCGACGUGCCAAUGGACUUGGUGCCGUAUGUGGACUCCCUUCCCGACGUCCUGCUCCUACCCCCACAGUUCGCCCGGCUGACGUUCUUCUACCGUAGACGGCUCGGAGAAGCUCUAUUAAGAGACCGGGAACGUCGCGAUACCUCAGAACUCCUCUACGACCCGUUCCUCGCCUCCUUUCCCCGGGCUUUCGACCAGUCCGACCUCCUGGAAUAUUGCCGCCGAGCUUUCCAACCAAAGCAUAACCAGAUUGCCAAGAAAUCCGAAUCCGAGCAGUUGAACACGUUCUUCUCGUACUUUAUGGAGACCGCGUUUGUGCUGCUCGACAACCCGCGGCUGCCGCCGUUCAGCCACUGGGAUAUGCGGGCGAUAAUGGCCAGGCACCAACUCAUCGAAGAGCACGCCCAAUCAGUCCUGGAAAACAAGGGCAACGUGCAAUUCCUCUUGACGCACCCCUCAAGACCUAUCGAUGUCUUUGCAUAUGCUGUCGAUCCAAUGGGGCGCCAUGCCAUUGAU